CUUCAAGUAUCCUACUUAUCUCACUUUUCCAUCUAUCAAUGAUUUGUAACUACAUUGAAACUAGGCGGAGCUGUCUUGUGUGCUUUUCACUCAUCACAAUGAGUAUGAGCUAUGGACCAAAUGCAGAGCUUGUACAUUUUGUUGCGGUUUUAAAUAGAGCUCCUGAUCAGAAAUUCUACUUCUCAAAGCCCUCAAUCUACAAACCCAGUAUUAGGCCCCUCUCUAAGCAACUUUGCCUACAGCACAUGGCUACUGAAGAAGUAGGAACUGGAAACACUAUGAAGAGGAGAUCCUUAAUCUCAUAUUCAAAAAAUAGUGGUGUGGGAGGUCUAACGUAUAAAGAUGCGGGUGUUGAUAUUGAUGCCGGGUCCGAGCUAGUUCGAAGAAUUGCUAAGAUGGCUCCGGGUAUUGGAGGCUUUGGUGGUCUUUUCCCACUUGGAGAUUCAUAUCUUGUUGCUGGCACAGAUGGUGUGGGAACCAAACUUAAACUUGCAUUUGAGACUGGAAUUCAUGAAACUAUUGGGAUUGAUCUGGUGGCUAUGAGUGUCAAUGACAUCAUUACUUCUGGGGCAAUUCCAUUAUUCUUCCUUGAUUAUUUUGCCACAAGCCACCUUGAUGUUGACCUUGCCGAAAAGGUUAUUAAAGGCAUUGUUGAUGGAUGUCAACAGUCCAACUGUACUCUUCUUGGGGGAGAGACAGCUGAAAUGCCAGAUUUCUACGCUGAUGGAGAAUAUGAUCUCAGUGGUUUUGCUGUCGGUAUUGUAAAGAAGGAUUCAGUGAUCAAUGGGAAAAACAUUGUGGAGGGAGAUGUUCUUAUUGGACUUCCAUCUAGUGGGGUCCAUUCUAAUGGGUUUUCUCUUGUCAGAAGGGUUCUUGCCCAUAGUGGCCUUUCUUUGAAGGACCAACUUCCUGGUGAAUCCAUCACUUUGGGUGAAGCUCUGAUGGCACCAACUGUUAUCUAUGUUAAGCAGGUGCUUGACAUCAUCAGCAAGGGUAGUGUGAAGGGAAUAGCCCACAUCACAGGUGGUGGCUUUACAGAUAACAUACCUCGAGUUUUUCCAAAAGGUCUUGCAGCAGCCAUUUACAAAGAUUCUUGGGACGUCUCUCCGGUGUUCAGAUGGAUCCAAGAGGCUGGAGGAAUAGAAGAUGCGGAGAUGAGGCGAACCUUCAAUAUGGGUAUUGGGAUGGUUCUAGUUGUUAGUCCAGAGACUUCAGUGAGAAUUCUUGCAGAGAGAAGGAAUUCUGCAUACCGUAUUGGUGAAGUCGUAAGUGGUGAAGGUGUAAUUUAUCAUUAAGAUCUCGAAAGAUGUUUGUAAACAUUUUUCUUUUUGAUCUUUCUGUAAUUUAUUUGAUAGCAAAUUUUCUCGUGCAAUAAAUAUAUAAUUUUGAUAAUGUUGUCUGCUUUGGCAUCAA